UAUAAUAAGUCUGGAUUGUAUUUUUCUGGUAAUAACUGCAGAGCUGAGGAAGGUUCACUCCCUGUUUCCUUUCUUCAGACCACAGUGCAGACUGGGGCUCAUCCAGGUGUCCUGUUGUCACACUGGCAACACAUAGAGGUCUUGUUUCUCCGCAACCAAAGGCAACUAUCACCAGCCACAGCAGUGACCACUGAGGCCACAUCAAGCACAUGACAGUGACAGAAGUGCAGCCAUGGACUUGACUUGAAGACAUCAGCAACGACCUGAGCUGGAUGGAAGAAGUGGUCUAAAUUCUAUUCUAGGUGAUGUGGAUGCAUAUUGCUAUGUAUGCUGCUGGAGAGGGUCUUUCCUGAUUUUCUAGCAGCAGACAAGUCAGUGGCCGCUGACACUGAAGUACACAGGAGGGUCAUAGUUUUGAAUGGCAAUGUACCUGAAAAAUUGGUGGUGCCACUUUAUCAAACCAUUACUCUUCUGCGAAGCCGCCAAAAAAGUCUGCAAUGAUUUUCCACUAGAAAGAAGAAAUAAAAAUAAUUCCAAGACUUGGAACAAUUCAACACGGUUUUCUGCAUCCAGAGGGAUGGAUGGACAAGAAGAAGAACACAAAGAGGAAAAGAUUGGGAUAUCUGAAGAGAGAGCACUAUCAGGAGGUCUGUCAUCUCCUUGGAAUUUCUUGUGGAAGUCAUGGCCUCACACCACUAGUGGACACGGACGAAUUGUUGAAAAUCUUGGCGCUUCACGCUUUCGUGCCAGGCUUCAGGUGAAAAUCUGGAGCCCAAGCCCGGCCUGAAAGUCGGGCUUUGGGGCCGGGCCGUCCAGGCGGAGGUCUAUAUCAAAGGAACACCGUGACUCAGGUAAUGCGGAGAGUUUCACUACAUGCUGGGAUUCUCAAUCUAAACCUAAAAAUUUAGACUAAAAUGGUGUGAACUUUUGGUGAAAUUUCCGUGUUCGGAAUAGGAACCCGUGUUCAAUUUUUUUUGAAUUUUCAUGGGAUUAACAAAAAGCUGAAUGAUUAAUUAAUCUACAGUCUGCUAACAAGUCAAACAUUUGUGCACAUCAUUUUAUUGUAUUUCAUCUUUUUUUUUCCUGAACGUUCAUAACCUUUUUUGUAAAGUAUGGCUGCGUAAGAAUUGACCAAAGGUCAGGAAUGGUAUCCUAAAAUAUAUAAACUUUGCAAGUCGGAGAAGAUUCUCUGAAAGCUACGUCAACCCAAUCUGAUUACUUGCACUGAUAAUCUCCAAUAAAAAACACUCCAAGUCUUAUCUAAUUGUUGUUUAUACUCUGUAGAUUUAAUUACUCUGCAUCAGCACCAGUGGACCAAGUCUAGUGGUCGCUUUGCAAGCAGCCCGCCCAGUCUUUAUCAAGAUCUUUUUGCCUAUUAGCCUCAAGUACUGUAAUAGUAAUACCUGGUCAACACUCAACAGUACUUGAGUUUACUGGAAAAUAGAGUGUAGCUUUCGCUAGCACUUGUUGUCAUGAGAAUUUAUUUACGCUUAAAGUCAGCAUGAAAAUGGAGAAGAGUUGGAAUAAAUUUGGAAAGUGACAAACAAGGAACAAAGAAAAGAGACCAUAUUAAUUACUUAAUUGCCCUCCUGAGCACCGGCCUAUAUAUAUGCAAACUCCCUCUUCUCCAAAUACAUCCAUCCAUCAAACAGCAGAGCUGAAGCUGCACCGAUAUGCAAACUCCCUCUUCUCUAAAUUUGUAAGAAAGAACAUUUGAAGUAAUGGAGCUGGAGCUGCCGGGGUUCCGGUUCCACCCGACGGAGGAGGAGCUGCUGGAGUUCUACCUGAAGCAGGCCGCCCAUGGCCGGAAGCUCAAGUUCGACAUCAUCCCCACCGUCCACCUCUACCGCCACGACCCCUGGGACCUCCCCGCUCUCGCCGGCGACAUCAUCCACCAUGGCUCCUCCUCCUGCAACAGCAGGGAGUGGUACUUCUUCGUCCCCCGCGACAGUGGCCGCAAGCUGAACCAGCAGCAGGCGGCGGGCCGACCGAGCCGCACGACGGAACGGGGGUUCUGGAAGGCCACCGGGUCGGACCGCGCCGUCCGGUGCGGCGCCGACCCGAAGCGGCUCAUCGGGCUCAAGAAGACGCUGGUGUAUUACCAGGGCCGCGCGCCCCGAGGGAGCAAGACCGACUGGGUCAUGAACGAGUACCGCCUCCCGGAGGAUGCCAUGGCCGGCGGCGGAGGGAAUAAUAAGGUGCAACUGCUGCAGGACCGGCAGGAGCUUGUGCUGUGCAAGGUGUACCGGAAGGCUGUGUCCCUCAAGGAGCUCGAGCAGAGGGUCGCCAUGGAGGAGCUCGCGCGCUCCGGCCAUGGCGGGUCUUCUUCUGCCGCCAGCUCACACUGCACCGGUUCGCCGGACGCCGCCGGCUCCAUGUCGUCGGACGUCGUCCAGUACGAGGCCGCGCAUCACUACGACGGUGUGAAGAUAGAGGAGGCGGCUGCGGCUGCGGCUGCGGUGGCGAAGCCGGCGGCGAUGAGGCUGCCGGAGCUGGAGACGACGAGGAUGGAGUGGCUGUCGCAGCCGCAGCAGCAGGACCCUUUCCAGCUGACGUCAUCGCAGCUGAGGAGCCCAUGGAUGAUGGAGAGCUUCUGCUUGUCUCCUUGCUACCAAAGCAGCCUCCUCAACUUCUAGAUCACAACAUCCAUAACACUGAGGCACGAUUAAUUAAUCAAAUUAGCAGAGCCAUUUCAAAAUUCGUAUAGAUCUACUAAGUAGGGAUCACUCAAAAGUAUCCACACGUGCAUCGACCGAUGCAGAAUCUGGGAGUCUGUUUCGUACACAUUUUCAUUAUAUUAAGCUUAAGGGAAUUUGUGUAUGAGCAACAAAAUGCUUUGAAUCAAAGGAAAGGAAACCUUGAUACAUUGCAUUUUCUACCCAAAAUUAAUUCUUGCCAUGUGUUUACAUUU